UUGCAUUUCCAGGUAGUCUCGAUAUACGAGGUAUUAAAAUCAAGCGAAUUACGAGAAAAAUAUAACAAUGUGUUGGAAUUUGGCUUACCUGACUGGCGUCAGCCAAUAUACUAUUACAGAAAAAUGCGGAAGCUUGCAUGGUACGAAGCCGUUAUUGUUCUCAUCGCUGUUUCAACUAUUGCUCAUUAUCUCAUGAUGUGGGCCGCUUAUUACGAAAAAUAUCUGGUGUUGAAGCAAAGCUUGAAGAAAUCGCGAAAACGCGAUAAGAAAGGGGAAUCCGAAGGUACGGUGACCCAGUUGCAUGAAGCUCUUGAGGUUUAUCGUCCUCGAUUUUGUGAUUUGUUGCCGUUUCUCAUGGCAAAUGGUUCGUGGAAUAUGCUCAAGUUAGCUGUUUUCAUUGCACAAGAACAACUGAAACGAAAGGAGCCGGAGGUGGUGGAUGAGGUCCAUAUCCCGCACAGGCCUCCACCAGCUCCGCGCGCUCCAGAGUUCACAUACGAAAUGGCAACGGACUUGAAACCUGUCAGCACUAACAACCCUGAGGCGUCUGCCAAAUAUACGAAUGAAGCUGAGGAAUCGCAGAAAAAGCUAAGUGGAGCGCCGUGGUCGUGUGAGGAACUCUACCAUUUGUGGAUUGUUUUGGGCACACCGAAUCGCUGGGAGUGCAUGGCUCGUGUACUAAAUCGAAAUGCUCAGGAUGUGACUGUUAUGGCUGGGAAGUUGAAGCAUAUGAAACAAGUGAGGCUGUGA